AUGGAGAUCCAUGGAAAUGCUUCCACUCUAUGGCCGACACCACCAACGGAAACUCGCCGGAGGAUCGUAUUGUUUCCGAUGCCUUUCCAGGGUCAUAUCACUCCCAUGCUUCAGCUCGCAAACAUUCUUCACGUCCAAGGAUUUAAAAUAACCAUCAUACACACUGAAUAUAACUCUCCCAAUCAUUCAAACCAUCCUCACUUCACCUUCAAAUCCAUCUCCGACCGCUUUUCCGAGAUCACAACGGCAGACUUAGACGCCAGCUAUUGCUUUAAGUACCUUAAUAAGACCUGCGUAGAUCCGUUUAGGAAUUGUCUGGCUGAGUUGUUGGAGGAUUAUUCCGAUGAAGAACCAGUUUCCUGUAUAAUCACAGACGCCGGAUUCUACUUCACGCAGGCGGUGGCGGACGCACUGAAAAUUCCUCGCCUGGUGCUCGAGACAAGCAGUCUUGGUUGUACUGUCGCUUCGGACAUUUUACUCUCAUUAUCUGAGAAUCCAUCCUUCACCCUUCCAAAAGAAGGUGAUCAUGAGACAUUGGCUGUGGAAUUUCCACCUCUGAAGGUUAAGGACGUCCGAAAGGGCACAAGAGACCCGAAAGGUAUGGGAGAACUUGUGAUCAACAUGCAUACUCAGAUGAAGGCGUCAUCGGGAAUCAUUUGGAACACCUUCAUAGAACUCGAAGAAUAUGCAUUAGAAACCAUUUUCCAAGAUUAUCAGAUUCCAAGUUUCACUUUAGGCCCAUUCCACAAGUACUUCCCGGCAUCCUCGAGUAGCUUGAUUGAACAAGACCGAACUAUUCUCUCAUGGCUAGACACACAAGCACCCAAAUCUGUGUUAUAUGUAAGUUUUGGGAGUGUAGCACGCAUAACUGAGUUAGAAUUUCAAGAAGUGGCACAUGGGUUGGCUAAUACUAGUUUACCAUUUUUGUGGGUGGUUCGACCAGGGAUUGUUUCUGGUUCAAAAUGGCUUGAGUUGUUGCCUGAAAAGUUCCUAGAGAGAGUGGGUGAUAAAGGACGUGUAGUGAAAUGGUCUCCCCAACAAGAGGUGCUUGCUCAUCCGGCAACAGGAUGUUUUUGGACUCAUAAUGGAUGGAAUUCAACAUUGGAGAGCAUAUGUGAAGGAGUUCCAAUGGUUUGUUCUCCUUGUUUUGUCGACCAGCCAGUAAUUGCAAGAUAUGUGUGUAACGUUUGGAAGAUUGGCGUUUUUUUGGAGGACGGUUUCGAGAGGGGUGGGAUCGAGACUGCGAUCAAAAGAGUAAUGAUGGAUGAAGAAGGACAAGAAAUAAGCAAGAGAAUAGGUCGUCUAAAGGAGAAGAUGAACAUCUCUCUUGAAAAAGGUGGCUCUUCUCACGAGUCACUGAAAAGUUUAGUUGAUUAUAUUUUAUCGUUAUAA